UAGCUCUCUUCCACAAUUUCUCUACGGCCACAACAUAGUCGUAAUAAAUGGGCCGAGGGAACAAAAGAGGCGGUCGUGGUGGAGGUCGUGGAGGAAGAGGGCGUGGCGGGGGAAGUCGUCGAGGUGGGGAGGAUAAUCGAGUCAGCUUCGAUAGAGUCCCCAAGCAGAACGAAAAACUCGAGAAAUAUUAUAACAGUGUCUUGCGACUUUCCGUUGAGGAGAAGGAUGAUUUCUGGGACGCAUUGAAGCGUGAAUUGCCUAACAGCUUUCGUUUUGCGGGGUCUAAAGGUCAUGCGCUUGCAGUACAGAAGCUCCUCAUCAGCCGUUAUAUCCCCGAAAUCUCGAAAAUCUCUCACUACGAUGGUACACUCGUCGAGCCUCCUAAAGUUGUACCAUGGUACCCUGACGACCUUGCCUGGUGGAUGACAACCCCGAAAAAUGUUGUUCGUCGAUUCCCUCCUUUUGCGGCCUUCCAGAAAUACCUCGUCUCCGAAACUAGUGUGGGAAACAUUAGCAGACAAGAAGUUGUUAGCAUGAUCCCUCCGUUGGUUAUGGACCUCCAACCAAGCAUGACUGUCCUCGACAUGUGUGCGGCUCCUGGCAGCAAAGCUGCUCAAUUGCUAGAGAUGGUCCAUAUGGGAGAAGAGGCUCGAAUGCGUCAAUCUCUCAGAAGCCACGCCAAGGAAGAUGGCCGUGAAGUUAGCCCGGACCUCAGUGUAAGCAUGGAUGAAGCUGAUGUUGGUAAUGAUUGGACGGACAAUGGACGAGCCACAGGACUUCUCAUUGCGAACGAUUCCGACUAUAAACGAAGCCACAUGUUGAUCCAUCAACUGAAGCGUCUCUCCUCACCAAAUCUUAUCGUUACCAACCACGAUGCUACGAUGUUUCCAUCCAUUAAGCUUCCUCCUUCAGCAAAGAAUCCUGCAGUAAAUCGAUACCUAAAGUUCGAUCGGAUAUUGGCAGAUGUGCCAUGCUCGGGUGACGGUACGACAAGAAAGAACGUCAAUUUGUGGCAGGAUUGGAACCCUGGUAAUGCUCUGGGCCUUUAUGUUACUCAAGUUCGGAUUCUUGUUCGAGCCUUGCAAAUGUUGAAGCCUGGUGGGCGCGUGGUAUAUUCUACUUGCAGCAUGAAUCCGGUUGAAAAUGAAGCUGUCGUAGCCUCUGCGAUCGAACGAUGUGGUGGUCUCGACAAAGUCAAGUUGCUACCAAGCGACGACAAACUCCCUCUUUUGAAGAGACGACCGGGCCUCAAGAGCUGGAGUGUCAUCGACAAAGGUGGCAUUAUGUGGUUCUCUCAUAAAGAUGUCGAGAAAUACCAGGAUGAGCAUGGUGUCACUCCCCACACCGAAAGGCUCGUUCCAGGCAUGUUUCCCCCUAUCGACGGUUCCGAAAUAUCCCAAGUUCCACUUGAGAACUGUAUGAGAGUAUACGCACAUCUUCAAGAUACCGGUGGUUUCUUCAUUGCCAUUUUGGAGAAAGUUACUGAGUUCAGAGCCAAGCCUGAAAGUCCAGCAAAGAAUGUACAAACAGAAGCACCCAUCACCUCAAUCGUGGAUGAGAUCAUGUCUCGGGCAACACCUGAAAAUGGUGACAGUGUUCUACGGAAGAUUGAGGCUGCUGACGCUCUCAUACAACCAUCCGAGCCUUCGAAUGCUGAGGUUGCGCCUGUAGCUCGACAAAACCAAGAAAAUACUACGCCUAGUUCUACGCUACACGCGAGGAAACGAUCUGUUGAUGAAGUAGAAGAUGCUCAGGUCGACGCUGUCAUGCAAACGAAAAAAUUGAAGACAAAGAACGAGGUCGAUGUCCUGGAGCCAGGAGUCGAGAAUGUGGAAGUUCGCCGACCUCCACCACCAGGUGCUCAGCUUGACCUCACGAAAAGACCUGGCGACUUUAGAGCUGAAGCAGAAGCGCGACCUGCACUCAGAAACCGAGCUGGGCAGCAAUUCGAGGAGCCGUUUAAGUAUAUCUCUGGGGAGCAUCCAGAAGUCAAGGUUGUCGAGGAGUUCUAUAAAUUAUCUCCGCGCUUCCCCCGAGAUCGGUUCAUGGUGCGAAACGCCAUGGGUGAACCAACAAAGACGAUCUAUUACACAUCCACUCUUAUUCGAGAAAUCUUGACUGAGAACGAGGGCAAGGGUAUUAAGUUCAUCCAUGGAGGUGUUAAGAUGUUCAUGAGGCAAGAUGUGCAGAAGGAAGGCGUGUGCAAAUGGAGGAUACAGUCAGAAGGCAUGCCAAUCCUGGAAGGCUAUGUUGGCGAAGAACGAAUAGUGAGACUCUACAAGAGAUCGACCCUGAGGAAACUUCUCAUCGAGAUGUUCCCGAAACUCUCUGAAGGGGCUUGGAAAGACCUAGAUGAGAUCGGCGAGCGCGUCCGAGAUAUUGGGAUGGGAUGCUGCGUGCUCCGAGUUGAGCCCAGCAACGAGAAAGAUGGAUUCGAUGAGCGCAUAGUCUUGCCACUAUGGCGAAGUUUACAUUCGCUCAACCUUAUGCUCGCCAAGGAGGAUCGCACGGCUAUGUUACUACGACUAUUCAACGACACCACACCUCUAGUCAACAACCAAGGCGCAUCAAAGAAACGAGAAGAAGUCAAGGAAGAAGACGAAGAGAAACCAGUUGUCAAAUCGGAGGAUGAGGACGAUGAGCUAGCAGUAAAGGAUGAAGACGAAGCAAUGCAGGACGUCGCGCCAGGCUUCAAAGUCGAAAAUGGGGAGAUCAAAGUCGAUACAAACAUGGCCAUCGAGUCAGCUGCGCCUGUCAACGAGCGUCCAUUGGAUGGAAUUGUUAAACCAGGUCCUUACUCUAGCAUUGUUGCGGAGCCUAAGACAGGUGGCCAUACGGAUGUCAAGGCUGAUAAGAUCAACAAGGGCGAGGAUACCGGUGGUCCAGAGCAGCAAUUGAAUGGCACUGGUGGAGUUGAAGGCCAGAUAGGUAAUUCUGUAUAAACAUACAUAUAGAUCACUUUGCAUAAUACAAAAGCUCUUCCG